UUAAACCAUCUCCACACACUCAAGCCACACUAUUGGAGAACACACAGGGACAACACACAAUAAGUGCAGCGCAAUGGCGGCCACCACCAUGUCUCUUUCCUCUUCGUACCUCGCCGGCAAGGCCGUCAAGAACUUGCCCUCGUCGGCUCUCAUUGGUGAGGCACGUGUGAACAUGCGCAAGACUGCCGCGAAGGCUAAACAAGUUUCGUCGAGCAGCCCGUGGUACGGCUCUGACCGUGUGCUCUACCUCGGCCCGCUUUCCGGCGAGCCCCCCAGCUACUUGACUGGUGAGUUCCCCGGUGACUAUGGGUGGGACACCGCCGGGCUCUCGGCUGACCCUGAGACCUUCGCCAAGAACCGGGAGCUUGAGGUGAUCCACUGUCGAUGGGCCAUGCUCGGUGCGCUUGGUUGUGUCUUUCCCGAAUUGCUUGCCCGCAAUGGUGUGAAGUUUGGCGAGGCCGUCUGGUUCAAGGCCGGCUCUCAGAUCUUCAGCGAGGGUGGCCUCGACUACCUUGGCAACCCCAGCCUCGUCCACGCUCAGAGCAUCCUCGCCAUCUGGGCUUGUCAAGUUGUGCUCAUGGGGGCUGUUGAGGGGUACCGCAUUGCUGGUGGUCCGCUCGGCGAGAUCGUCGAUCCACUCUACCCUGGUGGUAGCUUUGACCCGCUUGGCCUGGCCGACGACCCCGAGGCAUUUGCCGAGCUCAAGGUUAAGGAGAUCAAGAAUGGCCGCCUCGCAAUGUUCUCCAUGUUUGGCUUCUUUGUGCAGGCAAUUGUCACCGGCAAGGGCCCAUUGGAGAACCUUGCCGACCACAUUGCCGACCCUGUCAACAACAACGCGUGGGCAUUCGCCACCAACUUCGUGCCCGGGAAGUAAGACAGGAAUGAUGGAUGCGAAUUGUAUAUACAAUUAGCGUUGGGGAGCCCCUCUACCUGCCUGCUUGCUGACAUUGUCGAGGGUCAAGUGGAUUGUUUGUUGUGAUGUGAUUGCUCUUCUUCUCUUGUGGUGUCUUCUUCGGGUGUGGUUCCGUGCUGCCGGAGUUUUCCUUCUGUGAUUACAGUGGUCGGUGAGCACAGUGAAGCGAUCUAGGUGUACACUCGGCUCCUUGUUGCCCUUCGGCUUUGCCAGCGGUGCCGCUGUUGUGUUGUAGACUCGGAUGUGUGUGACUCUUCGUCCGGGUGUGGACUCGGUCGCUCAUUGCCCUUCGGCUACACCAAUAGCUUUGAGGCAUCAUGGAUGGUCUCGGUUGAUUGGAGCUCUUGGUCUACAAUGGUGGUGUUCUCAUGCAGCCUUCCGUUCGCGAGGACUAUGGAAGAUGAUGGCAUUCCGGUCCUUUUCUUUUUCCCUUCUAUUGUGUCAGGUGUAAUCUAUUUCCUCUCAUCCCUGUAUUCCUCUGUAAUUUCCCGGCUUUGCCGGUUCCUUCUUAAUGAGUGAAAAGUAGUGCUGGUACAUUUCGUCAAAA